UUGUUUUCUUUUGAUCAAGAAAAUGAAAAGGAUCAUCAAGUUGAAGCUGUGACAGUUAUUGAAAUGGGAGAACCUGUUGAAAUUAAAAGAAAUUUUCCUUCAUCUGUUUGGACAAUAAAUCUUCGUCAAGGCUUUCUUGGUUGUAUGAAAAAUAUUCGUUUAAAUGGCAUAAAUAUCGAAAUUGCACAUAUGUUUCAGUCAACAAAAUUAUUACCAACGGAAGGACCAACAGAAAGGAGUCUUUCACCAAAAAUAAAUAGAUGUAAUUAUUAA